CUAAUGCUAAUUUGGCUGCGUGUGCGCGCGCAUGUAUGUACAGAAGACGUCACGUGGUAGCUCAGAGGGCGAAAAGUUUGCAAAGUUGGAGACAGUUUGUAAGGACUGCGAUCACACAGAGAAUGUGCAAAGGUCAUGUCGUCCAUAAAAGUGGCGUGUGUGAUCAAAGAGAAGAAUGAAAUUGGCGAGAGUCCCAUCUGGGAGGAAAAGGACUCGUCUUUGGUUUACGUUGACAUUACGGGUCAGAGGGUCAGCCGGUGGAGCUCUCUCACAGGUCACAUAGAGAGUAUCACUACAGAGAAACCUGUAGGAUCUGUGGUUCUGCGGAAGGCAGGCGGUUACGUCAUUGCGGAGGGAACACGCUUUGCGUUUGUUGACUGGGUCAAGCGCUCCAUAACAACAGCCGUUCAGCUGGACAAGGAAAAGCCCAACACUCGCUUCAAUGAUGGAAAAGUCGAUCCAGCUGGAAGGUUCUUUGCGGGUACCAUGGGAAUAGAACUGCGGCCGGCCGUGGUGGAGAGGAAACAGGGCUCUCUGUACACGCUUCAUCCUGACCGCUCUGUCGUUCAUCAUUUCCUUUGCUCGAAGCCAAAGGCAUGCGAGCUGCUACAGUCGUAUCGUCUUUUGUUUUUUGCCGUCAGGUUCUGGUGGCUGAAGCUCAAGGCUCUGGCUGAGAAGGGGGACUGGGAGGAGCUGGAGAAAUUUGCCAAAAGCAAGAAGUCUCCUAUUGGAUAUCUGCCAUUUGUGGAGGUGUGCAUUAAACACCAUAACAAACAUGAAGCCAGUAAAUAUGUUUCUAGAGUCACACCAGAGCAGAAGGUCAAAGCUCACCUCGCCGUGGGUGAUCUGCAGAGUGCCACGGAAGCUGCUAUCGAGAGAAGGAACGAAUCCGAGAUCAUUACCGUCCUGUCACGCUGUUCGGCCACAACUGAUGUCAUUUUGGUGGAACGUCUAAACCGGGCUAAAGCCACCGCUGCCAAAAAGUGA